CCCCCCCCCCCCCCCAAGUUGCUAACUCUGUACAAGGGCCUUAUCCGUCCACAUAUGGAGUAUGUUUCACAUGUCUGGGGGGGUUCCACUCAUACUGCUCUUCUAGACAGGGUGGAAUCAAAAGCUUUUCGUCUCAUCAACUCCUCUCCUCUAACUGACUGUCUUCAGCCUCUCUCUCAUCGCCGCAAUGUUGCAUCUCUAGCUGCCUUCCACCGCUAUUUUCAUGCUAACUGCUUUUCUGAUCUUGCUAACUGCAUGCCUCCACUCCUCCCGUGGCCUCGCUGCACAAGACUUUCUUCUUUCUCUCACCCCUAUUCUGUCCACCUCUCUAACACAAGAGUUAACCAGUACAGGUAGUUGCUGACUUACGACAUAUGCGACUUAUGACAGACCGACUUUACGACAACGACAAUAUGAUAAUAUUUAAUUUUUGUAUGAUAGCUACUUGGCUAAGAUAUGUUGAGCGCAUGUACGAUAAUUUUUCCCACUGCUGGCAGCGCACUCUUUUGAGAGAUUAUCUGCUAGUCUGCAGCUUCAGUGUGUUUGUGUCGUUACUGUCACGUACAUCUGUAUAUAAUAUAUUGUUUGCUUCAAACCCCCAUCAGAAAUGUCGUCAAAAAGAAAAUCAUGCUCAAUUCCCAAGCCUGCUAAGAAAGCAAGAAAAGCCAUUGAUCUCGACAUGAAAAUGAAAGUGAUCAAGCAGUUUGAAAGGGGGAAGAGAGUGAGUGUAAUAGCACGUGAUCUUCAACUACCGCAUUCUACUGUGUCGACAAUUUUGAAAGAUAAAGAAAGGAUUCCUGAAGCCGUUAAAGGUUCAGCACCAAUGAGAUCUACAGUGAUUACAAAACAACAAACUGGACUUAUCCAUGAAAUGGAAAAAUUAUUAAAUGUGUGGAUUGAAAGUCAACUCCAAAAACGUGUCCCAUUAAGCCUUCACACAUUGCAGACAAAAGCUUUAAGUAUUUUUAAGAUGUUGAAGGAGCAUGCUGGAGAAGAUUAUAGCCAAGAAUUUACAGCAAGUACAGGGUGGUUUAAACAAUUUAAGAAAAGAUUUCAAUUGCAUAAUGUCAGAAUCACUGGGGAAGCAGCAACUGCAGAUGAGGAAGGUGCGAAAAAGUUCAUUGAAACUUUAGAUGAAGUGAUUGUAGAAGAAGGCUAUCAACCCAAACACAUUUUUAAUGUUGAUGAGACUGGCUUAUUCUGGAAACGUAUGCCAGAACGCUCGUACAUUCAUAAAGAAGAAAAAUCCAUGCCUGGAUUUAAGGCUUUCAAAGAUAGACUGACUUUGUUGUUUGGCGGAAACAUCGCUGGUUUUAAGCUGAAACCCUUUUUAAUUUAUCAUGCCGAAAACCCACGAACAUUUAAAAAUGUGAAUAGGCAUGUGCUACCAGUCUACUACCGUUCUAACAAAAAAGCCUGGAUGACUCAAGCACUUUUCGAAGACUGGUUCUUAAACUGUUUCAUUCCUCAGGUUCGUGAAUACUGUUUGGAAAACACCAUUCCAUUUAAGAUUUUAUUAGUUUUGGAUAACGCACCCGGACAUCCAUCUCAUCUACCCGAUCUCCAUCCCAACAUGAAAGUGGUAUUUUUACCACCAAAUACAACUCCUCUCAUCCAGCCUAUGGACCAAGGAGCCACUGCUGCAUUCAAGGCAAAUUACCUUAAAAUCACCUUUGCCCAAGCAAUAUCUGCUACAGAUGCUGAUCUAGAAUUAUCAUUAAGAGAUUUUUGGAAAAAAUAUGAUCUUAAAUGCAUCAAGAACAUCGCUGCAGCAUAUGAAGCUGUGACAAAGAAAUGCAUGAAUGGUGUUUGGAAGAAUUGCACUAAACGCUAUGUGAGUACUUUUGGUGGAUUUGAUAAUGAGAGUGAACUAGAAAUGAUUCGUGACAAAAUUGUGAAACUAGCUAAAGAUCUGUCGUUAGAAUGUGAAAUGGAAGAAAUCGAGGAAUUGCUAGACAAAGAAUCUGAAGAAGUAACAAAUGAAGAUCUGAUUGAGUUGGAAGAAGAAAAAGUAGCAGAAGAAGAAAGGAGGGAAGCAGCAGCAGAAAAGGAGGAGGAAGAGGAACCACAAAGAAUGUUCACACUAAAGGCUUAG